AUGGCGGACGCGCGGCAACUGCACCAGUACCUGGCCGCCGCCCUCUCACACCGCGGCCUAGGAGCGCUGCCCUACGCGGAGGACGACCGGUGGUUGAUCCGCCACCACCUGGUCUCUAUGAUCGACGCCUUUCCUUCCCUCCGCCCCUCCGUCGCCACCUUCACCUAUAACGACGGCCGCAACGCCAUCCUCCUCCGCUCCGAGGGCACCAUCCCCACCUCCGGCGGCCACCUCCCGGUCUCCAUCUGGCUCCUCGAGCCCUACCCCCACGUUCCCCCCGCUGUCUUCCUCUCUCCCGUCCGCGGCACGCUCAUAAGGCCCGGCCACGCCCACGUGGACCCCUCCGGUGCCGUCGACGCCACCUACCUCCGCUCCUGGCGCUUCCCCGCCUCCAACCUGGCCGAGCUCGUCCACUCCCUCUCCCUCCUCUUUAGCCUCGAUCCACCCCUCUGCACCAACCCCAAGCCCAAGAAUGAGCCGGUGGAAGUGAAAUGGAUCUUGGAGAAGGUACAGCGGGACCUCGCCGGCCGGGAGGCGGAGAUGGAGGUGCUUCUUGGAGUCCAGGCGGAGCUGAAGCGAAGAAAACAGGCGAUCGCGCGUGGAACGAGGGAAUUGGAGGAAGAGAGGGACAAUUCGGAGCAGGAGCUUCAGGUGAUUCGAAUGAACACCGAUGUGAUGGAGAGUUGGGCGUGGGAGACCAAGGGCAAGAUUCGGAGAUGGAAGGGCAGGGCAGUUGGCUUUGAUGAUGUAUUCGAGCCGUCUGAUGUGAAUUCGAGGCAGAUGAUGGAGUGCACGGCGAUGGAUCUGGCGCUGGAGGACACCAUUUACGCGUUGGAUCGCGCUGCGACCGAGGGAUGUGUGCCUUCCCAGGUGUACUUAAAACAUGUGAGGGCACUGUCCAGAGAGCAGUUCUUCCACCGGAGCAUGGGAUUCGAGGUCCGAAGCAUGGCAGCAAGGGCUCCGCAUGAUGCUUCAUAGAGAGGGUGGGAGGAGAGAGAGCAAGUAGGAAGUUUGUGAUUCGUUUUGGUUCCAACAUCAUGUUUUUUUUGGUCUUUAACACCUUGUUUAUGAUUCUGGAUUUGGAAGGGAAUAUGGAUGAGGAUUCUGUCAGCAUGUACUUAAGCAGACAGUUUGUACACCUUCAUGUAGAGAAUUCUUCAGAUAUUAUGUGCUACUACAUGUAAUAUGAUGAACAGUAUAUCGCACUAGAUACAGAUGAUUUGCCUAGAAGAUAUUUUGCAUCUUUUGGCAAUUUUGUA